UAUGAAUAUUAACGAUUAGCUUCAGGAAGGUUACUAAGCAACGUGCUCAUGUACUAUUCAAUAUUCAUGAGCUUCGCUUGGCUGUAGUAUGAUGUUGUUCGUACGUCGCAGUUCAUGAUGGGUCUGAUUCAGAGCGUGUUUGCUGCAGAGAGCGGGUAUCACGUGCACGCGAUCCAGGAGAAUUCUCCCGCAGAGCGAGCCGGCCUGGAGCCCUUCUUUGAUUUUAUUUUGUCUAUUGGACACACCAGACUGAAUAAAGAAAGCAGCACGCUGAAGGACCUCCUGAAGGCAAACGUGGAGAAGCCGGUGAAGCUGGAGGUCUACAGCAGUAAAGUGAUGAGGAUCCGAGAGCUGGAGGUCGUGCCCAGUAACAUGUGGGGCGGUCAGGGUUUACUGGGAGCCAGCGUCCGGUUCUGCACGUUCCAAGGGGCCAAUCACAACGUCUGGCAUGUGCUGGAUGUGGAAGGGAAUUCUCCUGCUGAACUGGCGGGACUGAAGCCUUAUUCGGAUUACAUUGUUGGCGCAGAUCAGGUGUUGCAGGAAUCGGAGGACUUCUUUUCGCUGAUCGAGGCGUCUGAGGGGAAAGCGCUGAAGCUGCUGGUGUAUAACACACGCUGUGACCGCUGUAGGGAGGUGAUGAUCACUCCUAAUGGAGCGUGGGGCGGAGAGGGAAGUCUCGGUUGUGGCGUGGGGUUUGGGUACCUGCAUCGAAUCCCCAUGCGCCCGUUCGCAUCAGAUCAAUACCAGAAUGCAUCUGCAACAUCUGGAAACCAAGAGGACAAAAACUGGUCUAAGUCACUGUCAGAUAAUGAGCGUGACGUGACGGAAGAUGCCGGUGAAGGAUGUGUUCAGCACACGUCAGAAGCGUCGGCAUCAUCUCCAGACACGACAGCUGUGGAUCUCUCCGCACGCUCUUCCUCUUUGCUUGUGGAUGGUGAUGAUGAUGAUGAUGGAGUCUGCAACAGUGAGGACAUCUCUGCGUUGAGUAAGCACCAAAACACCAAAGUAAAUGAUCUUAGCCUUCAUACUGUCUCCUCACGUGCCACAUUACUCCCUCGUGAAGGUCGUCCUGAAGACAGCGUGAGGAUCUCGGUUCAGAAGAGCGGUUCAGGAAUCUGUGGUGAACAAACGCCACCUGUGCUCUCUAACGUGGAGCUGAAGGAUGAAGCAUCUGCACAGAAACCCCUCACAUGA